AUUGACCAGGAUGGGCUGACUCUGCCUGAACGGACCCUCUACCUGGGGCAGGACGAGGAGAGUGAGAAGAUCCUGGCCGCGUACCGGGUGUUCAUGGAGCGUCUGCUCACCCUCCUGGGGGCCGAGCACGUGGAGCAGAAGGCCCAGGAGAUCCUGCAGCUGGAGCAGCACCUUGCCAAUAUCACGGUGUCCGAGUAUGACGACGUGCGGAGGGACGUCAGCAGCAUGUACCAUAAAGUGACCCUGGGUGAGCUGCAGCGCAUCACCCCCACGCUCAAGUGGAAGCGCUUGCUGGACCGUAUCUUCCACGACAACUUCUCAGAGGAGGAGGAGGUGGUGCUGCUGGCCACCGACUACAUGCACAAGGUGUCCGACCUCAUCCGUGUGACACCCAGCAGGAUCCUUCACAACUACAUGCUGUGGCGAAUCGUGGUGGUGCUGAGUGAGCACCUCUCCACCCCCUUCCGUGAUGCCAUCCAUGAGCUCUCCAAGGAGAUGGAGGGCAACGAGAAGCAGCUCGAGCCAGGCAAGAUCUGCCUAAGCCAGGCUAACAAGCAUUUUGGCAUGGCCCUGGGUGCCCUCUUCGUCGAGGAGCAUUUCUCCUCUGCCAGCAAAGCCAAGGUGCAGCAGCUGGUCGAGGACAUCAAAUACAUCCUGGACCAGCGCCUGGAUGAGCUGGACUGGAUGGAUGAAGAGACACGGAGAGCAGCCAGGGCCAAGCUCCGGUACAUGAUGGUGAUGAUUGGGUACCCUGAUUUCCUGAUGAAGCCAGAGGCCAUCGACAAGGAGUAUGAGUUCGAGGUGGAUGAGAAGACCUACUUCAAGAACAUCCUCAACAGCAUCGCCUUCAGUAUCAGGCUCUCGGUGAAGAAGAUCCGGCAGGAGGUGGACAAGUCCGCGUGG